AUGGCCACUACUUCUACUCAAACAUCACCAGUCUCUUUGACACCUGAUAACAAUGUCACCAAACGAAUAAUCAGAUCAGGUCAAGGUCAAUGUCCUAAAGCAGAUUCAAUCGUAAGUGUGCAUUACGAAAGCUUUCUAGAAGAUGGCAGCUUGUUCGAUUCAUCGCGUCAACGUAACGCGGCUUAUGAGUUUGUACCAAAUGGAGGCAAGGUAAUCAAAGCAUGGGAGAUCGCAAUUCCGAUUAUGCAUGUGGGUGAACUGGCUGAGAUUGUGUGUACCUAUGAUUAUGGUUAUGGAAAGAAGGGGUGGCCUCCAAUUGUUCCUCAAAAAGCAAACCUGCGUUUUGAGGUUGAGCUUUUGGGUACCUGGGAGUCUGCAGAAUCCGUCAAACAAAAGAUCUCUGUCGCCUUGGCCAAAAAGGAAGAAGGAAACGCAUUCUACAAACAAGGAGCAAUUGAACAAGCUUUAUUUGCCUAUAGAAAGGGAAGAGAGUAUGUUGUGGAUGUGUGGGACUGUGAGCCAGAAGACUUGAUCAAGGCCCGUGAAGUUACAAUCGCACUUCACGCAAAUGUUGCUGCAUGUUAUAUGAAAAUGCGAGACUGGGACAAGGCUAUUGAAGUAUGCCAAAAGGUACUAGAUAGAGAACCCAGAAAUAUAAAGGCAUGUUAUCGUAUCGGACAAGCGUACUAUGAAAAAGACGACUAUGAGAACGGUAUUGGAUUUGUGACCAUUGGAUUACGGGGUAAUCCUGAUAGUCAGGAAUUGAAGGCUCUCUUGGCUGCUCUGGAGGCCAAACGAGACCAAUGGAUCAAAACCAGCAAAGAGCUUUGCAAGAAAAUGCUCUCAUAAGGAUAUACACAAUGUAUAUAAAUAUAUGUUUAUAUAAAAAUAUUUACUUGAAUUAUUUUUUAUUUGAAUUAAUUAAUUUUUUUUUUAAAAAAAAAAGUCGAAAUAAAUGUAUAAAGAGUUCAACGACUUUAAAGUACCUUC